CUUGAAAAAGCGGCGGCGGAGAACGAGCGGCCGAGGAACUAAAUUGAGGUUUUUCUAAAUUCUUCCUUCAAAUGACGUGAUUAUCGGUUUUGAUGAUACAGAAUGAACAUCAAACAUCUGACGAACAUUCUCCCGCCUCAGGAUGGUGCAGCAAAAAUCACAGCAUUGGCUUGGUCACCUAACAAUGUGAAGUUGGCUGUAUCAACUGCAGAAAGGAUUGUUCUGCUGUUUGAUGAGACUGGGGAAAGGAAGGACAAAUUCUCUACUAAACCUGCAGAUUCCAAGUAUGGUAAGAAAAGCUACCUGGUUAAGGCCAUAGCUUUCUCUCCAGAUAGUACCAAGAUAGCUGUAGGUCAGACUGAUAAUAUUAUCUAUGUCUAUCGGAUUGGGGAAGAAUGGGGUGAAAAGAAAGUGAUAUGCAACAAAUUUGUGCAGUCAUCUCAGGUCACAUGCCUUACCUGGCCGCUGGAGGGACCCAUCGUCUUUGGCCUUCUUGAGGGGAAAGUGCGAGCUGCCAAUAUAAAGAGCAACAAGAGCCAUACACUGUAUCAGACUGAUUCAUAUGUUGUUUCUCUCACCCCAAACUUGAGAGGAACUGCAUUUUUGUCUGGUCAUGCAGAUGGUUCAGUAGUCCGGUAUUAUGUGAGUGAUGACCCAUAUGCAGAACCACAGGGUAAGAUUAUUUCCCAUCCUGUGCCUCCUUAUGCAAUGGCCUGGACCAACAACAACAUAAUCAUUGCUGGUUGUGACAAACGUAUUAUAAUGUACAACAAAUCGGGUAAAAUACACCAGCAGUUUGAUUACAGCAGAGAUGAGACAGAGAGAGAAUUCACAACUGCUGUUACAAGCCCCAGUGGGCAAGCUCUUGUGAUUGGCAGUUAUGACAGGUUACGGAUCUUUGAUUACAACACCUCACGUGGAAUGUGGGAUGUGAAAGCAAACCGUGAAUUUCAAGGAUUCUAUACUAUUACUGCCUUAGCUUGGAAAAGAGAUGGUUCAAGGCUAGUGUGUGGGACACUGUGUGGAGCUGUUGAAUUGUUUGACUCAGUUCUGAGCCACUCUUCCACCGCGCCCUCAAAUCAAAGUUGGUCCCACGUCCAUGUGAAGCAUAUUUUCAGUAUUCCUUGCUGGCAAGUUUCCCUGCUACUUGUUAACAUGACUCUCCUGUUACUCGACGUCACCACGGACACUCGAACUCGCGAACCUGAGGAUAGAAAGGCACCCAUCCGUGGCUCUAUCCACUGA